AUGGCACACGUUUCGACGCCUGGUUUCUCAGUCUUGCUUGCUUCAUCUUCUUCUUGUUGCUCAUCAGGUUUUAAAAAUUACGACUGGUCCCAUCUGAGUGGAUUGUUGUCAAAAGAAUCAUCCGAAGAGGAUUUUACUGGAAAGACCGGACAGGCUAUAGUUCUCAGGCUUCGUGGACUUGGCUCGAAAAGGAUAGGUCUAAUUGGACUUGGAUCUACUACAUCAGCAAUUGCAUCUUAUCGCAAUCUUGGAGAAACUCUUGAUGAUACGAAACUCAAAAUUGCAGAAGUUGUUCGUUCUGGGAUAAUAUUUGGGAAAGAGCUUGUAAAUGCACCUACUAAUGUGCUCAUCCCUGGAAUAUUAGCAGGAGAGGCUAUGAGGAUUGCUUCUGAGUACAUUGAUGUUUUUACUGCAACAAUUUUGGAUGUGGAGCAGUGCAAACAAUUGAAAAUGGGUUCUUAUCUUGGUGUUGCUGCUGCAUCUGCUAAUCCUCCACAUUUCAUCCAUUUAUGUUACUAG